AUGAGACGAAAUCUGAAACAUCAUAUUUUGACGAUAUGCAAAGAGGAUAGGAAUUGCUCAGCGUGUACGACUCCAUGUCGAGAAACCCUAUCAGAUACUGGAAAGUGUGGACAAAAUGCUUGCUUGGAAUCAUUUGAUGUGAGCAGUUGUGAAAGAUCUUGCGAUUUCUUGCAUGAGAUUUUCUCCGAGAAACCCGGGGCUUGUCCAGUGGUGAACAAUGUCUCAAAUUAUGAAUGCACAGCGGAAUGUCGUUUGGAUGGAGAUUGUUUGGAAACAUCGAAAUGUUGUGCAUGGGGAUGUUCAAGGAGAUGUUUACAACCUGUCAAAUCAUCAACAACAUUUAAAAGAAAAUCUCUUUUCACAAUCCCUCCACUUCCAUCAACAAUCACUGUACAAGAAAGGAAAAGAAAAAGAUCUGCAGUCGUUCGAUGGGAGUCAAAAGGUGGCCAAGAUUUGAGUGAUCUUUAUGUGAUUGAGUGGAGAUGGGGAUUGCAUCCUGAAGCGAUGACAAAUUGGCAAACUGUUGCAUUGAAAAAUAAAGACUACGCAAUUUUGAAGCAUCUUCUUUCUCCUGGAAGAUUCUAUCAAUUCCGUGUCGCCGCCGUGAAUCGCUUUGGAACUCACGGCUUUUCCGAGCCGAGUCAGCCAUUCAAAUUGAGCAAAGAAGCUCGAGCUCCAGGUCCACCUCGAGAAUUAUCUCUAGGAGAAGCAAAAUUAGAUGGAGAACAGUGGAGACAAUCGAUUUCAUGGACACAACCAUUAUCUGAUUUGCCAAUAACUGGAUACCAAGUAUCAUGGGCUAUCUCGAAUGAUCAAGAGCUCAAAUCUUAUGAGGAAAUGCUUCGACGACAAGCGAGCACGGAUAAACAUGAGAAAAGAGAUGUUGAUGAAGAAGAAUGGACAAUUGUGGAAAGAGAUCGAACAACAGUCAUCGUUCCAUCACAUUCAACCCAAACAUUCUUGGAGAGACUCGAUUCGAAAACUGUUUAUCUUAUUGAAAUUCAAGCAAUGGCUGACUCAGCCGAAGGACAAUUGAACGGAGAAAAAGCGGUGACAUUUGUGAAAACGAAAGGAUUCGAUGAAUUGGAUGAAUUGGAUAAAUUGGAAAAAAAUGAGAACCCAUUGCCAAAUGUACCCACUGGAGCUCCUGGAAAAGUUGAGGAAGUCGAUCGAUUACAUGUUGAGACUCCACAUUUUACCGACUCUCUCAUCAUCCCCAUUAAUUGGCUGAAUUCGAGAAUUUGUGGGCCAAAAAGGAGAACUUUCAAUGUCAAGUAUUCACCGGAAAAAUGUGCAAAUGGACAUUCAUUAAAUAAAAAGAAUGAAGAGAAAACUCAAGAUUGUUCGAUUUCUCUUCAAAAUUUGGAUUUCCAAUGCACGUAUUUGGUUCAAAUUUUUGUCGAUGAUCAAGAAAAGCCCGGAGUGAUCGGUUCAUUUGAAACGAGAUCCUGUGAAGAGACACCGACAACUGGGAAAGCUCCGUGUGAUUUUGAAAGAACAAAACUACGAUGUGCUUGGGAUUUCGCGUCGAUUGAAUGCAAUUGGGAUCGAUUAAUUGCCGGAGAAAGGGAUACAAUUAUUGGAUAUCGACUUGUUCUCUCAUCGGCACUCCGUGAUGACCACAAUAUCUCAAUUCUUCCGCCACAAACGAGAAGAACGCGCUUUGAUGGAGUGAUUCCAUCAAAAGAAUAUCAUGUUGAGAUUCAACCAAUCACAAAUCGAGGUGUCGGUGUGGCCGAAACGGUGAUUAUUCCCGCAAUUGAAGAAAUCGAUCCAUCAGAUCCACAGCUCAAUCAAUUAGAAAGUUUGAAUUUGUUAAAUGGCACAUUAAAGGAAAAGCGAAUCGAGAAAUGGCAA